CUCGACGUUUACUGCAGAAUCAGCUGUUCAUCCGGGCAUUGUUACAAAGGGAAAGUUGCUGUAGGUUAAAAGACGGAACCGGGUAUUUCAUCAUUCACUCAGAAUCCUCUGAAGAAACGACAUCCUUCGUCGGACUAAAAAUACAAUAGAAAAAUGGCCACCAGCGUCGAUAAACUGAAGACCGAAAUCCAGACUCCUGUUGCCCACUCAGGAAGCAAAGUUACCAUCGUUGGUGUCGGCCAAGUGGGAAUGGCCUGCGCCUUCAGCAUCAUGACACAGGGCAUCGCCUCUGAAUUGACAUUGAUCGACGUGAUGGAGGACAAACUCAAGGGCGAAUUGAUGGACAUGCAACAUGGUUUGGCUUUCCUUGGCAACAUUAAAAUGACUGCUGGUUCAGAUUACGCUCUGUCAGCUGGAUCAAAACUGUGCAUCGUAACAGCUGGAGCCCGCCAACGUGAAGGCGAAUCUCGUUUGAACUUGGUUCAGCGUAAUGCAGAUAUUUUGAAGGGCAUGAUCCCUAAAUUGGUGCAACAUAGUCCCGACACUCUUCUUCUCAUUGUGUCCAACCCCGUUGAUUUGAUGACCUAUGUUGCUUGGAAGCUCAGUGGACUUCCAAAAGAGCGCGUCAUUGGAUCUGGAACAAAUUUAGACUCUUCCCGUUUCCGUUUCCUCCUUUCGGAGCGAUUUAACGUUGCGCCCAACUCUACCCACGGCUGGAUUAUCGGAGAACAUGGCGACUCCAGUGUUCCUGUUUGGUCUGGUGUUAACGUUGCUGGUGUUCGACUGAGGGAUCUCAAUCCGGCCGCUGGAACUGAUGCAGAUACUGAAAAUUGGGGUCAAAUUCACACACAAGUCGUCCAGAGUGCAUAUGAAAUUAUCCGACUAAAGGGUUACACCUCAUGGGCAAUUGGUUUGAGUGUUUCUAUUCUCACAAAAGCCAUUUUGAAAAAUUCCCGCAACGUCUUCGCGGUCUCAACUUUUGUCCAGGGAAUCCAUGGAGUUGAACAACCCGUUUUUCUGUCCGUCCCAUGUGUGGUUGGUGAAAACGGCAUUACUGAUGUCAUCCAACAAACUUUAACUGAAGGUGAACGCAGUCAACUUCAAAAAUCAGCUGCCACUUUGAAUGAAGUUCAAAUAAAUUUGGUAUUAUAAAAUAUGUACUAUAAAAAUGUUUAAAAUUCGAAAUGUCACUAAAUCAAAUUCGAAUUCUGCCCCCCUCACUGAACAUAAUUAGUAUAUGUUAUGUCCUAGUAAAAUACACGAUUGUCAAGUCGAA